UCAGAUAGCAAAAGCAAAACUACUAGAAAGAACCACCAACUCAUCAAGACAGCUUCACCCUUCAACUCAAAUGCUCUGUCUCUAACAACAUUAAAAAAAAAAACAAAAACAAAAAGAUCAUGUCUUGGCUUUUCAAUUCGCUGCAAUCCAACGAUCCGGAUUCACCACCACCGCACCCUCCUUCUCCGUCAGUUCAAGACGACCUGCUGGUCAUCGGUGAUUCUAUCGGCCGUCAAUUACGUGGCGUUGCUAACUUCCUUGCUCCGCCUCCACCUCCACCGCCGUCCAAUACCCAAGCAGCCAAACCACAACCGUUCGAUUCUUCUUCUCAAUCAUCACAAGCUCUCCUUGGGAUUCGCAACGAUCUUGCCGAAAUUGGUGACAGUUUAAAAUCUGGUCUCUCUAAACUCACUUCCAAUUUCUUGCAAUUUAAAGAUAUUAACAGUAAGAACAGUGAUGGUGUCGAGGUGGCGGGGAUUAAUGAGGAAGUGAUUGGAUUUGUUAAGGAGAUUUCUUUGAGACCUGAAUGCUGGAUUGAUUUUCCUUUACCACUCCAAAACGAUUUUAGAAUGACUGAUGCUCAAAGAGAACAUGUGUUGAAUGUUGAACAUUUUGUUCCUAGUUUGGCACAACUUAGAAAUAAUCUUCAGAGUGAAAUGGGGAAUGGCCGAUUUUGGAUGGUUUAUUUUAUAUUGUUGAUUCCGAGAUUGAAUGAACAUGAUUUCGAGGUUCUAUCGACUCCCCAGAUAGUUGAAACAAGAAAUUUACUUUUGCAGAAGCUGCAAAACAAGAGGAAUGUUAAGGUGGAAAGCUCCAAGAAUUCCAAGAGUGGUACACAAGGAGAGAUUACAACAUCUCAAGAAGAGAUUACUGAGAUUGCAGAUGCUACUGAAGGCUUAAAAAUUAAUGAAGAGAAUUCUAGACAGUUUUCAAAAGAGAAAAUUGACAAUAGCACUUCAAUUGAUAACCAGAAAAAGCUUGAAGAUGAACAGGAUGUGUCAUUCAGUGAUCUAGAGGAUGAUGAUAGUGAUUUUUCAAUAAGAUUAUCAGCUUCUAGGAAGGCACGGAGCAUUAGGGCUCCUUCACCCAGUGGAUCCAGUGAUUGGAUCCAACUGAAUGAAGGUUCUGACACUCAGGGUGGUCCACCUAAGGCAAGACAGUCAUUUUCUCGUGAUAAAGAUUCGGAUGCUGAGUCUAGUGACUGGCAUAAAGUUGAUGAAUAUGAUUAGCCUGUUUGAUAGCUGAUUUAUUGUAAAGUUUCUACAUUUUUCCUCUUACCUGUGGUUUCUGCACUUGCAGAAUUCCACCUGUUACAUAAGUUUCGUCAUUUUUUCUUCCUCCCUCUGGUGUCUAUACUUAUGGAGUCCAACCUGUUACAUAAUGGUCUUUGUUCUUAAUUGAUAUUCAAGUUAUUAUAA